CUGCGGAGCUCAGAGGCUGCAGGGAGAGGAGGACCGUCUGUUCCUGCUGCUGCUGCUGGAGGAGGACGAGCUGGGAUCUUUAACUCAGGGACGGCGCUAUUACAAAUGUUCGUUAAUUAAUCCCAAAUCGAUCGAUGUGAUCAGAUCGACUCUGCGCGGAAUAUUGAUGCGAACAGUUUGACGCCCCCAACAUUCGCCGUGACUCUGGAAAUCCGAUCUGAGUUUGGACGGACCGAACCCCCGAUGGUCGACAUGUUUGUGAGAACGAGGGCCGUCGUGCUGCUGUUGUGCCUCCUGGUGGCGGCGGAGGCCGGGGCCUCGAGGUCGGCCCGCGACUCCCAGAGCGUCCCCGACCCCCUGGAGCCCUCGGAGGGCAACGCGUCCGUCCGGCUCCCGGCGCCGCAGCCGGACCGUCCGCGGACGCCGUUCCCGCCCAUGUGCGUCAAGCCGACGGAGAUCAGACACGCCUUCAAGUACGUGAACACCAUCAUUUCCUGCCUGAUCUUCGUGGUGGGGAUCAUCGGCAACUCGACGCUGCUCAGGAUCAUCUACAGGAACAAAUGCAUGAGGAACGGACCCAACGUGCUGAUUGGCAGCCUGGCACUCGGAGACCUGCUGUACAUCAUCAUCGCCAUCCCCAUCAACGUGUACAAGCUAAUAGCCGAGGACUGGCCGUUCGGCGUGCACGUCUGCAAGCUGAUCCCGUUCAUCCAGAAAGCCUCGGUGGGAAUCACCGUCCUCAGCCUGUGUGCCCUCAGCAUUGACCGCUACCACGCCGUGAUAUCGUGGAGCCGGGUGAAGGGCAUGGGGAUCCCCCUGUGGAAGGCCAUGGAGGUGACCGUGAUCUGGAUGGCCGCCGUGGUGCUGGCCGUCCCCGAGGCGGUGGCGUUCGACAUGAUAGAGAUGUCGUACAGGGGCAACAAGCUGCGCACUUGCCUGCUGCACCCGGAGCAGGCCACCAGCUUCAUGAAGCUGUACAAGGAAGUUAAAGACUUUUGGUUGUUCGGCUUCUACUUCUGCCUCCCGCUGGCCUGCACGGGGAUCUUCUACACGCUCAUGUCCUGCGAGAUGCUCAGUCGCAAGAAAGGCAUGCGGAUCGCGCUCAACGACCACAUGAAACAGCGGAGGGAAGUGGCGAAGACGGUGUUCUGCCUCGUGCUGAUCUUUGCUUUCUGCUGGCUGCCGCUCCACCUCAGCCGCCUUCUGAAGAAAACCAUCUACGACGAAAAAGACCCCAACCGCUGCGAGCUGCUCAGCUUCCUUCUGGUGAUGGAUUACAUCGGGAUCAACAUGGCCUCUCUAAACUCCUGCAUUAACCCGAUUGCCCUCUACUUUGUCAGCCAGAAGUUUAAAAAUUGUUUCCAGUCCUGCCUGUGCUGCUGGUGCUACAGGACGUCUCCUCUGGACGACCGGUGCUCCGGAGGACGCUGGAAGGGAUCCUGCCAUGGCAACGGACUGGACCGCACCAGCUCCCGCUCCAGCCAGAAGUACACAAGCUCUUCAUAGACAAACACAAACACUCUCUCUCUCUCUCGCCGCUCUCCAACCGAACCGGACCGAUAUUCCCCAUCUUGCUUUCCCACCUGGAGAAACAGCGCCGUCACUGCCAACACACACACACACACCAUCACUUUGGAGUCAGGAGUGGGAUGAGGAGGAGCCAGGUGGAAGGGCUUUUGUUUCGUUUUUCUUCUGCAGACUGAAAGACUCGGUGAUCAACCCAAAGCUGGAGAAUGAAACUACAGGAUUGUCACCUGUUCAAGCCGUUAUAACUCAGGCCACCAACCAAUGCUACGUGAAUGUGUUCGAGGAUACCAAGCCUCUCAGUGGACCAGGUUGAGUAGGGUUAGGUCAAACCACUUGUAAAUGUGUGUACUGGGUUAUUUACAUGUAGAAUACAGACUUUACCCUAUGUCUAGCUGCAGUGCUUGGAGUAUGAAUGAGCGCUGAUCAAUCAGCCUUACCGGUGACACUGUAAUACCUCGUAGGGGAAACCGUGACGCAGAGUCAUUUGAGACUCAAAGGACCGGAGCCUUUGAGAGUCUCCGCACCUUCGAGGCACCGCCGAGACAUCAAAGACCAGAGCGCUGCCUUAUCUGGCGAAAGACGCGGUCCGUGCUCAAAUUCGCGGAAUCUCCCGGCAAGAAAAAGAGAAAAAAAAGAAACGGGGGCCCUUACUGUGAAUCUCCCAGUCAUGUGGAGAGUGGCUCGGCAGAAAUCCUUUUCAGCUCCGCUUUUAGUCACAAGAAGGGCUGCUGUCGUCCAGGAAAACGAGAAAAACACCAUAUGAUCUUCAUCAUGCGUCGCAUAUGACAAUGCAGCUUCUAUUUUUCGUUGAAUGUAGGAACAUGAAAGGCUUGUGUAAGCCCUGCGCCCAGCGAGGCGUCCGCUUCGCCUUCUCCAAGCCUUUCACCUCAAUCAGACUAAGCUGCCGACGCAAAGACAUGCCUGUUGCUGGAACUUAACUUGUUAUGUUGCGCUAUUUAAAAGAUUUAAGAAAUGAAAGUGUAUACAGCUGGCUGGACGUUUUAAGAGAUUCCUGAACUGCAUUAUGGUCAUAAAAGCACCAAAUAUUUUCCCACUGUCGCCCUCGCAGCAGGGGGAUUCUGGGAAAACUUUGGCCUUUUUUUUUUUUAAGACAUGAUUACUGACUUUGUCAUCCAUCUUUGAAUCGGGGAGUCCUUCAUUUAUACGGUUGAAACCAGGUAUUUGGAUAUAGUGUUUAUUAUUGUCAUUUCUAUACAGUGUAAGACAACUUUUUUAUUAUUAUUUGUCACCACCUCACAUUAAACCGGAUUAAACAUUUCCUGUUUUAGGUCAGUUAGAAUAACCAAAAUGAUUUCUAUCUGAUAAAUGCCAAAACUUUAAGGAUUUUCUUUUUUUUACUUUCCUCAAACUGGGACGUUUACAUACAUUUCUUCACUUCGAAACAUCGACUUUUUGUCUGUAUGACUAGUUAAAAGUGACAUAAUCUGCCAGCAGAACAUGACAUUUUUACCAUAUUAUAAGUAAAAACGUCUUGUUCCAUUGGCAGAUUAUUUCACUUAAAACUAGCACUUUUUCAUCAAUAUUAAUAUGUAUUUGACUUAAAAUAAGCUUCCAUAUCUUGCUGAAAAGUUACUCGUGAGUUAGUUUUGUGUUCUUUAAAUUGUACUAAGAUAUUUGCCCUAGAAACCACAAAUAGUUGGUAACAUUUUGCGUUUUUGUGGCGAAAACUUCUGAUUUUAAAAUAACUAACAGAAAUGUAAUUAUUUUAGUAUUUAGUAAACAGAAAUAAUUUGGGAAAUCCAAACUGACAUCAAACAGGAAAUGUUUAAUCAUCAGACAUUAAAAAAGGCUUCGUCUCUUCUUAUGGGUUCUAAAUAUUUGGUUUCAAUUUUUCAUUGUUUACAGUUUUAACAAGAUAUAUUGAAAACAUUACAUUAAUCAAGUUGGGGUUUGCUUUUUUUUGUCAAUUUCUUCAAAAACAUUUUAUCACUUUGUUUCUAAGAAACUUACUAAAUUAUGCAUUUAAUGACACUCUUGGUUUGUUUUAUAAGUAGAGCUGAUAUAUUCCCAUGUUCAUUGUUGGACUUGUUUUCUUUACCCUUUAUAAAGUCUUUUUUAUUUUUUACAUCAUAGUUAAAUCAGUAGCUGACGCGGAAUGUGAGUCAUGAAACUUUUUAUAUCUGCUUUUAGCCACGUGAAUGAAACCCUGUGAAGGAGACUCAGAGUAGCUUUACCAGCGUCUUUACUGAGUGAUGUGUGAGGUUGGACAUGAAAAUAUAUGUGAAUACUGUAAAGGCUUUGGUCAUUUAAAUACAUUUACACAGUACUAUUUUGUUAAGGGUAUACAUUAAUAAAUAGUAUUUUAUACUGUG